AUAAACUCGUCUUGAAAAAGAAGGAGUUCGAGGAGGAGAGGGCACGAGAAGAGGCUGAGGAAGCCGCUGAAAAGAAAACAGAAAUGGAAGAACGGUGGCAAGAAACUCUUAAACCCAUUAUGAAUAUAUGAAAACCUAUCAGCCCCCUGGCGACCCGCUUAAAUUGGAUCAUCUGACCGGGUCGUAUCUAAUCUACUGCGAGAAAGCCGAGAAUUACCUUCAAUUGCCUGAUAAAAUGACGCUGGAUAUUCUUCCGGCAACCAACGCAAACGGAACAACAGCUCAAUUCAGAAUGGCACUCGUCGAGGGAACAAUGCUGCUAGCUUUAUCUAACUAUGCGCUUGAAAAGCUUCGUCAUGAUAUGGCAGUUGAUCCUGAGGAAUCGGAUUCUUAUGAUGAAUGGGACAGUGACGGCUACAAUGGCAAACGCAAAGCGAAAGGGCCUGCGGGAGGACCGCCGAUCAAACGCCGUUUGGGGGUAGCGCCCAAGCCGAACAGGGUACAUUUGCACUGGGCUGGGAGAGCGCCCGAAGCUGAUAUUGAGAUAGGCCAAGAGGAAAAGCAUACGGGCUUUCUUGACUUUGAUGCAUCGAAGGCGACUGUCCAUGGCGAAUGGGUUCACCCCAACUUUUUCGGGGAUGAAAGUAUCCCAUUCACGAUUUACAAAUGUGCAGAUGAACCAGCCAAGAGGCCUGAGAAGCGGUCAUUCUAUAGUGAAAAGCAGUAUGAUUACGAGUCAGACACAAGAUGGGGUCGAUAUCGUUAGUGAAUCGACCAACACACCAAUGGAAUUGCAUGAUACUCGAUCCGAUUUUUAAUUGUAAAUAUGGACCCAUGAAUCGAUAUCACUGUCUCCAACUGUAUCAUCCAAUAUAUUCGACACAGGCAUGACAUUAUUGCAGGGUCGCUUAACAUGGACACGACCUUCCGCCGGUUUAGGGAAUUACGGAGAUAC